AUGGCCGAGGAGCGCCCCGGGUCCUGGUUCGGCUUCGGUUUCUGCGGCUUCGGGCAGGCGCUGGGCUCGGGCCGCGGGCGCCAGGUGCUCAGCCCCGAGCUGCUGCGCGUGCCGGACGCGGGCACCGACAUCUGCGACAUCGGCAGCGUGAGCGCCGCCUGGAGCUACACCGCCAUCGUGAGCCGUGCGGGCCGGCUGCUGCUGUCGGGCUCGGCGCGGGGCGCGGCGGACGGCUGCCGGGACGCGUGGGCCUCGGAGACGCUGCUCGCGGUGCUGCGCGACGGGCCGGGGGGGCCCGGGGCCGAGCUGCAGGCCUGGGCGCCCGGCGCGGCGCUGCGCGGGGAGCCCCUGUGGGCCCGGCCCGCGGGGCCGGAGGAGGCCGGGCGGGAAGACGGGGCGGCCUGUGAGCGCCGGGCCGGGCCGCUGCCGCUGCUGCCCGGCGCGCGCGCCCACCUGAGCCCGCGGCCGCCGCUCUGCCGGCCUCUGUGCCCGGCGCUGCGGGCGCGGCGGCUGGCGCUGGGCGCGGAGCACGCGCUGCUGCUGGACGCGGCGGGCCAGGUGCUGUCCUGGGGCGGCGGCAGGCACGGGCAGCUCGGCCACGGGACGCUGGAGGCGGAGCCGGCGCCGCGGCUGCUGGAGGCGCUGCAGGGCCUGCGCGUGGCCGCCGUGGCCGCGGGCGGCUGGCACUCCGUGUGUGUGGGCGAGACGGGAGACAUCUACGCCUGGGGCUGGAAUGAGUCGGGGCAGCUGGCCCUGCCCGCCAGGGGCCUGGCGGAGGACAGACAGACAGAUGCAGGGGAAGCCCCUGCGCUGAAGGAAGCCGGUGCUGGGCUGAAGGGGCCAGCGGGGCCUGAGGACGCAGCCGCCGCCCCCUUCAUCGCUGUGCAGCCCUUCCCGGCCCUCCUGGACCUGCCCCUGGGUGCCGACGCGGCCGCGGCCAGCUGCGGGUCCCGGCACACGGCCGUGGUGACGCGGACCGGGGAGCUCUACACCUGGGGCUGGGGCAAGUACGGCCAGCUCGGCCACGGGGACACGGCCAGCCGGGACCGGCCCCGCCGGGUGGAGCACUUUGUGGCCGAGCAGCUCCGGGUCACGGCGGUGAGCUGCGGGCCCUGGAACACGUAUGUGCACGCGGUGGAGCAGGGGAGGAGCUGA